AGGCAAUGAGUAAGUCGCCUAAAAUCACGAGGUUCACGCGGAAGAGAACGCCCCGAUGAUUUUAUGUUAGUAGAAGGGCUUGUGUUUGUAUUUCUGCUUGUUUUAUGCUAAAUCGUAUACUUGUUGUUGUUUUCCAUGGACACUGGAAUAAUGUCAUCAGAGGAGUUUGAAAAGUUACAUGAGAUUUACACAUCUCUGUAUGAAGAACUCCAGCUGAUACCUCAGCAGAUCUUGCGAUGUCACGGAGAAGAGAGAAAGCGGUUGGUGCGAGUCUUCGAUGAGAGGAUUGGGGAAGCAGAAGAAGUUCUGCAAAGUAUGGACCGGGAACUCAUCGGAGCUCCAUCCUCCUUCCGAAACCCAAUGAGCACCAAGGUCCGGAUGUAUAGGAGGGACCUGGGCAAGCUGCAGCGAGAUGUCCGGAGCUCAGAUCAGGGUUCUGGCCUGGCAGUCCGCCCUGGAGAGAGCAGGCAGGGCAUCUAUGCCACUCAGAAUGACCAUAGUACUCACCUGCAAUCACAGCGGGCCAUGCUCAUCCAGGGCACAUCAUCUCUUAACAACGCCACAGCCAGCAUUGAGCGCAGCCAGCGACUUGCUGCAGAAACAGACCAGAUUGGUAAUGAAAUCAUUGAGGAGCUGGGUGAGCAGAGAGAGCAAUUGGACCGCACACGUGACCGGAUGGUUCAUACUGGAGAGAACUUGAGCAGAAGUCGAAAAAUCCUCCGCUCAAUGUCCAGACGGCUUGUAACCAACAAACUGCUUCUGUCGGUCGUCAUCGUAAUGGAGCUGGCCAUUCUGGGGGCUGUUGUGUACCUGAAGUUCUUCCGUAAAUAGGUCACUUGGUUCUCAAGAAGAGUACAGCCAAGAGACUAGAGGCACCACACACUAUCGCUGUCAUUUCCCCUCCUUCCUUCUAUCCCUCUUUACCUUGAGUGUAUACUGAUUCCAGGACGCUAAAGAGACUCUAUGUUACUCCCUAUGAGCUCUUGCUUCAGGGAGCUGCUGAUGUAAAGCAGCAGCAGCAGUAGGAGGAAAAGACUCCGUGCUUGGAUGGUGUGUAAUUACAUUCAAUCAAAAUACUCUGAUUCUGGGCCACAUGGACCUAAUCCCCUCAGUGAUUAUAGACUGGGGCCCUUUUUCUUUGCUGGCGGUCUGCUGCACUCCGGGCCACCCUGGAGAACUGAGCCAUGGGGCAGCACAGCAGGAUGAAGUCAGAGAUGCCUGAGGAGCCUGUGGACUCGAGUCGAGAGAGGCCAAGAGGAUACCUCUAAGCCAUGAAUGUGGGUUCACUUCCUGUGUCAGUGCUACCGGCUCUGCAUUUUUAAAGAAGAGGAUCCCUCUCCUGGCUCCCGUGUUUUUGUGUGGGUGUGGAGGAUGUCGAUGAUAUACGGGGCAAAUGUAUAUACUAACUAACAGAGACUGAAAUGAAUCAUGCACUAAUAAAUGUUAAUGUAACUUACAAUAUAAUGUAUUGAUCUAGGUUUGUAACAUAAUUCAACGAUGAUUUUUAAGAGGAAGAAUUGUACUGUUUAGUCUUAUUCUUAGUAUUAAAUAGGUCAUUGAAUGUCAGGUGUGGUACACAUGGAGGUUUCUCAUGGUGUUUUUUAUUGGUGAAAACAAACGCAGGUCUGGCAAGAAGAGACUUCUAAUAUAAGUAAGGUAUUCUGGCACUCAGAUUUCUGUGUACAAGGCACCUGCUACUAUGAAAUAAAUUCUCGUGGGUGUGUGCAGACACACUGACCUGUG